UGAGUUGAGUUUGUCCAGCCUCUGGAGAGUCUGCGGGCACAGUCCCGUCUGAAUGAAGGUUACAGACACACUUACAGAGAGAGCAGGCGGAGGACAGACGCAUCCUGGCUGACAGAGAGCGAUCUGUAAAGAACAAACAAUCCUGAACGCUAGGAACAGCUCGUGUUUAGAGGUUUCUCUGGACAACCAGACCUUGGCGAACAGGAGUUACUGCUUUGAACUACAGAAGGUGUGAGGAAGAACAAGCUGGGGGAUAAGCAAACAGUGGAUACAAAGAGAAGAUCCUCGUCUACUACUAGAACAACUUCUACCAGAACAACUUCUUGCAGAGUGUGAAACGCCAAAAUCAACCAGGACCAAGUUUGUACUUCUCUUUUAAUUCUACCAAACUCUCUUAUGUUAGCUGCCAAGACAACUAGAUCAAGGAAUCUCCUUUAAGAGCCAUUCAGAGCAAACAAGACAGAGGCAGGGAGGGAGUAAAAAGAAGAAGAGAAGAGGAAGGGUGGGUGGAGAGCCGGAGAGAAUUGGCGCUCGAGUGUGAGUGAGAGAGAUCCCUCAGAACCUAGCGAGCGUCUCCUCUAACCAUUGGCACAUUUCAAAGCUUCGCACCUCGCACGGAAGAAUCUGACAGAACGCGGUUAGCAUCUGAGACUCGCAAUCGCGCAGAUGGUUGAACAAAUGGGCUUUUAUCUGAGGAGCAAUAGUUCAGAAGGACUCGUCUGAGGCGACUAUUAUUGAGGAUGAUUUUUUGAGAGACCUGCUGAGUAAGAGAGAUCUAAAUAGUGACUUGAGAUCUUACAACAGUCCAGGAAGCCAAAAAGGAGAGGGGAAUUCACAAUGGAUGGAUUCCCUCGGAUUUUUUGGCAGUGCUGAUCUGUUCUUUACUUUGUUGGUGCAUUUGGAUCUAAGAGAUUCUGCCUUAAGGAGAAACAAGCUUGUAAGGAGUUCUGCAAAGGAUCAAUUCCACGCUGGACCACACAAACUAUCUACAGGAGGUCUGGAGAGCAUGGGGAAAUCAAACAGCAAGCUCAAACCAGAGGUGGUGGAGGAACUAACCAGGAAGACCUACUUUACAGAGAAAGAAGUUCAGCAAUGGUACAAGGGCUUCAUAAAAGAUUGCCCGAGUGGUCAGCUUGAUGCAUCAGGUUUCCAGAAGAUCUACAAACAGUUCUUCCCCUUCGGCGACCCCACCAAGUUUGCCUCAUUCGUCUUCAAUGUUUUUGACGAGAAUAAGGAUGGACGGAUUGAGUUCUCAGAGUUUAUUCAGGCCCUGUCUGUGACCUCACGUGGGACCUUGGAUGAAAAGCUCCGCUGGGCCUUCAAGCUUUAUGAUCUUGAUAACGAUGGCUAUAUCACACGUGAUGAAAUGCUCAAUAUCGUAGAUGCCAUCUAUCAGAUGGUGGGAAACACAGUGGACCUUCCAGAAGAAGAAAACACGCCGGAGAAGAGAGUGGACCGCAUUUUUGCCGUGAUGGAUAAGGUACGGAAUGCUGAUGGGAAGCUGACCCUGCAAGAGUUCCAGGAGGGAUCAAAGGCAGACCCCUCUAUUGUACAAGCUCUGUCACUCUACGAUGGCCUUGUAUAGUAGCAGUAUAUGUCUUAAAGAUACAGGUACGACAAAGGAUCCAGUGUGGUGCCAUCCCACAAUGCCAUUCAAGGAGAUGAGUCUGUCAUUCUGGACACUUAAGACUGAGACGUCUAACCAUAAGCACAUCACAAUAUAGCAUACAACAAUGACAGAAAAGAAGAACCUGUCAUCCUCAAACUGUGUCUGUGUGUGUGUUUAUGUGUGUGAAUGCUAUAAUUCAGGAUCCCAUGGAAUUGCUUGUUUGCUGCUGAACAAACGCACUGGAGAUGUAUGGAUGGUACUGAAUGUUAAAGUAAAGCAUACUGACAAACCUAAAAUAUAGAUGUAAAUAUGUGUAAACGUUUCAUAUUUUUUAUUCAUACUUCGCUGGGAUAUUGUGGCUGUGCUCUUCAUAUAUACUUUUAAAGACUGGCAAUAUUUUAUUUAUGUCUUGUUUACUUUGAAGUGUAUAUGGAUUGCAGCUGUUACAAGCCUCAACUUUUUUUAAAGUCUCUUGGAAUGAAAGACUUUACUCCUGUUUUGCUUUUCCUUUGGAACUACAGUAUGAAUGUGCAAGGAGAUUCAUUUAUUAUAUUUGCGACACACAGCUCCCAUCGUGAAGAGUGUGCUGCACAUUCAUUGCUGGCAUAACUCAUUGCGAAGUCCUCAAGCUACUUCCUAAGCAAGGCAAUGUAAGCCAGCAACAUGCUACAUCGUUAUUCCUGAACAGCUGCUACUCAAAACUGAUGCAAGUACCUCUGUAAUGGAUAAACAAACAGUCCACCAUCUGCUAAUUUAAACUGCACCUCUGCGUUUGACUUUUUCUGUGUCAUAUUCCUGUCAAACGAAAGCCAUAGACUUGAACUAUGACAUUCUCCUUUCAAAGAAUGUAAUUGGGUAUGUGUCGGGCGGGUUUGAGUGGGUCUCAUGCUUUUUCAGUCCCUCUCUGGCUGAUGAUUAAAUUUGAGUCACUGCAUAAUUUAAUCAAAUUUGAUUUGCCAUCGGUAAGUAAGAUGGAGGUUUUAAUAUCUGAUGUGUCCCCUCUUGAUAUUUCAACAUUGGCUGCUUCCAUUUUCCUCACAGUGUGGUAUGUAUAGAAAUGCUGUGCACAUAAUAGAACGAUGUUCAAUAGGAGCACAGACCUUGUAUUCCAUCAGCACAAUGGAUUUACUGGCACACUUUCAAAAGAAUUUGCCGUGGUCAAUGAAUCCCUGAAGUAAUCAAGUUUGUCACCCAAAGGGAGCAUAAAUCAAACACAUUCUAAAACAUAAAAUAGAGGUCUCAGUCUCCAUGGGUGCCGUUUUCAGGGAAUCACAAGGGAAUUGUCAAAAUUUGACACCAUAUUUAGGUUUGACACUAUAUUUAAACGCUGAAGAAAAUGAGGCUGUGAGGGAAAGACUUACACUGUAUAAAGUACAGUAUCUAGAUCACUAAUAUUAUCAACAACUCACAAUUUUCAAUCUUGUUAAAAACUAAAUAUGGUGCUACCCUGACCAAGUCCCGUAAGCUAAAUAUUGUUCAUCUGCAAAUCACAUCAUAAUUUUUCAGUUUCGGUUACUGUAUGUUUGUCAUGCUCAUUAAAUUCCACAUUUGGUCACAGACUGCAGAGAGAAUAGCCUACUGUGUUUUUAGCUAUUUUAAGACAAUGUAGCCUGGUUAAAACCAGCGAUCUAGCCUUUGGGGAUUAUUAGUCCUCCAUCCAAUUCUCUGGAAGAACUAGCCCCCCAGUCAGAGGGAUGGUGCCAGUCCUUCCCUCACCUUUGGGGACCAUGUAAACCACUGAGAUCACAAACAGCCGGUGAUCGACAGAAAGGUGUUACAGCCUGCCCCUCACAGCUGAGAGAGGGAUGGAGAAAGUACAGAAAAUGAAUGUUAGAGCUACUUGCAAUGCUGCUUGAGUUGUUCAGUUCAUUCAGGCCUGAGCACUGCAGUGUGAGGACCCUGUUGGAAUUGCUCCGUUUUUCAUUAGUUUUUGUGUUUUUGUUUCUAAUCCUGCUGAAAACAAAAAAUAAAAAACCAAACCAGCCCCAGCUGGUUUGCUUGUCUUACCUGAUUUAAGCUCUUCCAAGACAGUUUACAGACGGUUUAACUAGUUUUAUGUUUACAAAUACCCCAAAACCCUCUAAACUAUAGCAAAAGUCAAGUCAAGUCAAGUCUGCUAUAUUGUCAAUUCUUCCACAGGUAGAGCACAUACAUAACAGAGAUUUGAAAUUGCAU